AUGGCCUUUCAGCCGAGCCUGUCCGACCUGGAGGAGACGCAGAACUCUUUACUAAUGAAUGAGCGCGAUCGCCCGGAUCCUGGCGAGCCGUACGCGUGCCCGACCACUGAGCUCAGCAAGGCAGUGUCCGUGUCUCUGGGUCUGGACUCGGUGGCGUCUCCGCUCGGCGGCACGAACCAGUGCUCGAGCGGCGCCUUCGCAGACUGCGACCCCGCCGCGGGGAGCCGUUCCCAGGCUGGGAGCAUGAACCCGGAGGGCGCCAGGCUCGUCCUGGGCGACUCCGGCGCGAGGGAGGACGACUUUGGGGAAGUGUGCCACGGCAUACAACAGGUGAGCUGCAUGGAUCUGUUCAGAUCGGACGACAUGGACAGCGCGCGGGCUGUGACGCGCGGCUCGGUGAUAUCCAGAUACGUCUGCAAGGAGCCGAGCGUGUUCGUGAGCCCGGCGCAGGAGCUGCCCGCGCCCUCUCAUGUGGCCGUGCCCCUGAAGCCCUACUCUGCCUACCCCGCCGCCCCCAGCCUGUACAGAGAUGCCCCGGGAGUGUGGUGCGCAACCGAGCGCGCGUACGGCGAGCGACCCGAGCCGCAGCGCGGCGCACCCGCCGGACAUAAUUUCCAGUGUAAAUAUUGUAAUUGUGGUCAAUCGUCUCUCGGAGCCAAGCAGGAAUGCCGCUGUGUCUGGUACAGUAGGGGCGAGCAGCAGGGCGCUAAAGGUGGCAUGCGAGCGGCCAUGGCACCAGGGUACGGCCAAGUGGAAAGUUUCCCGAGCGCGAUUCCUCAAGGGCAACCCACUUUUUCCAACAUCAAGACCGAGCCUCCUAUUUGGCUGAAUUGCGCAGACCGCAGUUUCAGGCAUGAGGACUUCUUCCCAGGUGUGUACCUGUCGGACAGGAGAGUGUGCCAGGUGUGCGGCGACGACGCCUCCGGUUGUCACUACGGCGCCGUCACCUGCGGCAGCUGCAAGGUCUUCUUCAAGAGGGCCGCUGCAGGCAAGCAGAACCACUUGUGUGCCAGCCGGAACGACUGCACCAUCGACAAGCUGAGGCGGAAAAACUGCGCUUCGUGUCGCCUAAAGAGGUGCUUCAUGUCAGGAAUGAGCCUGAAAGGUCGCCGGCUGAAGGGUGCCGGACAGACGAGAAACGGGGAGGAGGAGCCACAGCCCGCCGCCUGGGGGCACGGAGACCGGGAGGACAGGGCCGGGAGGAGAGACGCAGCCCUGGAGCCUGGAAAUCCAGCUGCCAAGGCUCAAGCGUCCCAGGCCCUGGCUCUUGGCAUCCCCCCGACCCUGCGCUCCUGCCUGUCCUUGCUCAGCAUCCUGCAGGCCAUCGAGCCGUCCGUGGUGAACGCCGGGCACGACCCCGCCGAGCCGGACAGCCCCGCGUCCUUGCUCACCAGCCUCAACGAGCUGGGCGAGAGACAGCUGGUAACCGUGGUGCGCUGGGCCAAGGCGAUGCCAGGUUUCCGUGAUCUGCACGUGGACGAUCAGAUGUCACUGAUUCAGCUGUCAUGGAUGGGGGUGAUGGUUUUCGCCCUGGGGUGGAGGUCGUACACGCUCACCAACAGCUCCAUGCUCUACUUCGCCCCCGACCUGGUCUUUAAUGACCACCGGAUGCAAGUGUCCAGUAUGUACGAGCACUGCGUGAGGAUGAAGCUGCUGUCCCAGAGGUUCUGCAUGCUGAAGGUUACCCAGGAGGAGUUCCUCUGUAUGAAGGCCCUGGUCCUCUUCAGCAUCAUGCCAGGGGAGGGCCUGAAGAACCAGCGUUGUUUUGAUGAACUGCGGACCUCCUACAUCAAGGAGCUGGAUCGCUUGGCCAGCCGCCGCGGAGAGACCACCCGUACGCAGAGGCUGUUCCAGCUCACGCAGCUGCUGGACUACCUCCAGUCGAUUGUGAGGAAGUUGCACCAGUUCACCUACGACCUGUUCAUCCAGGCUCAGUCCCUGCAGACGCGCGUCAACUUCCCGGAGAUGAUCUCGGAGAUCGUGAGCGUUCACGUACCCAAGAUCCUGUCGGGCAUGGUCAAGCCCAUCCUGUUCCACAACACGGCCUAGACAACGAGAACGAGAACGAGCUCUUCUUAAGUUUCACAAGCUCCAGUCCACCAACCGUUCUCCUUUUGUUUUCUUCUCUUUUUCAUUUUUUUUUUUUUCUUUUUUUCUGCGAAGCUCAAAUGGUCACUGAUGGUAAAUGAUUUGAAGAGGUUAGAAGAAAAGAAGUCAGGGAUCAUCUGGAGUCCGAGGGUGUGAUUGGAUACCCGGUAAAGAGAAGAAGGCAGCACAUUCUUCCAGUCUCAUGUAAUCUAAUUAUAACUACUCUUGUUCGUCCUCACUGCCUGUUUCACUGCGUCGUGCACAUCAAGUGUUUCUGGAGCUGAUUAAAGCACUUGCAUGCAUUCCUCCACACGAGCCGACGAACGGUCGGCCUCCUGGCGUGCGGCCUCCCUCGUCCCGUCCCUGUUGAUUAUUGACAACGGGCAAUUUUUAAUUUCACGAGGUGAAGGCGGCAGUGAGAAAAACCUGUUUUGAAGAGUUCCCAUCCCUGUGGCUUGUCUGUGUUGCUGUACUAUGACAUUUGCACUAGCUUUUUCCACAAUGAGCGUUACUGUGUGUGCCGGAGACGAGAAAAAAAAAGAAGA